CACCCCCCCCCCGCCCCGCCUCGGGCGUGGCGCUCUUGGCACAAGCGGAAAAUAGAGGUUUCCCGGAGCGGGAAUGGGGCUGAAAGGGGCUGCGAGGGAGACGCUUGGUCGGCCAGCAACGGUCGCACGGAAGGGCGGGGGCCGCCCCCGCCGAUGGUUUCGCCCACGCCCCCCCCGCCUCCCCCGGGAGCCCGUGACAGGUGGAGCGGGCCCCGCCGGCGCGCGCGCGCCCUCGCGGCCGUCAUGUGGCGCGGGCCGCCGCGCGCGCUUCGCGCGAGACGCACGGCAAGUCUCGCGAUGCCUCGAGGGCCUCGGGGCGUGAGGGCGGGGAGGGCCCGGCCCGGCCGCGGCCGGAGCGGCGGGAAAAGCGCGAGGGACGGGAAUGGCGACAGCGGGAAUUCGGGCUCUGGGCACGCCUCGCCUGUGGAUCCUCACGUGUUUUCUGGUCCUGAUGGUGCAGACACAUUGGCAGGAAUGGAGACCUGGUCAAGGCAAAGUCUUAAAUAAUGCAAAUGAAGACUCAGAGUAGUGUGUCCAUGCUGCUCUUAAAAGCAGACUCUUGUAAAGUAGCUCUGCUUUCUGAUGCAAAUGCAGGAAGAACACAAAAAAGCAUCUGGGUUUGAUGAUGUUGCAUUUCUUCAUAAAAGAGUCAGUAGCCAAUUUGUUGAGAGUAUUGGUAUGAGAGACAGGCAGGUUUGAAAUCCAGCUAAAACCCAAGUUAUUUUUGGUUCUGGGAAUGGGCCAUAGUCUGUUAAUAGUGGAAGCACUAUAAUCAAACAUCUGUGUUCAUCUGUAUUGUCCAUGGCUCUCUGUCAUGGAUUUUCUCAGCAGAGUUUCCUCAGGUGCCAAAAUCAGUGCCAAGAGCCUGACUGGUUGGGAAUGUGCCAUAAAUAUGGGGUUUCAAUGCAGAUUGUUUCUCAGUCUUGACUCUCAGGUGUAAAGUUCCCACUUUGCAGUAUCCUGAGUAUAAAUCAGCAGAAAAGAGAGGAGACAAAACCAUUUCUCAGUGGAAGAAAGGGAUUGCUGAACAACAGAGCAAAUCAGGAGACUGUAGAAGCAGAGUCCUUGUCCAGAUGAAACCUGUGUGCACCUGAAUUCACAACCCCUGAGUUAACCUGUCUCAUGCUGUCAGUGCUGCUCUUAACCCCCUAUACCCUGCCUGAAUUCCUGGCACUGAAUUUCCAGAUGCUCUUAUUUGUUUGUUUAUUUAUUUAUUUGCUGUCACUUCAAGUCACUUCAAGAUAGGAAAUUUGAAGGAGCAGUGAUCACUCCCUGUUGGAUACAAUUCAAAUCUCAUGGUCUUCUGUAGUCCAGGUAUACUUUAUAGUCACCUGCAGCAAGAUCCAUCCCUGGAAAAGCUGUGGUGUUUGAAGCUGACUAUAUCAGUCCCUAUUGGUUUGGUUUUCAUCCCUGCUUUUGGAAGUUCUGGGCAGCUCAGCCUUGUCCAGCUGAGCAAGUGAGGGCAGGGGUUCUCCUUAGCCAAGAGCCUGAAGGAGCUCAGGAGCCAGAGUGAUCCCUGCUGAUGCUGCUGCUGUUUGAGAAAGGAUUGUGAGCUGUGGGGUCAACAUCGUGCUCCCGAUGGCUCAGGGGGCUCUGACUCUGAGGCAAAUCCUUUUGUGGCAGAGCAGGCAGAACGUGAUGGGACAGCCUUGGAUUCAUGUGGCAACGUGCAUGUAUUGAAAGACAGCAGUUAAAAAAGCAGGCUGACCAACAGAACCCACAGGAAGCCAUUUUGUGUCCUACAAAACAUAAAUCUAAUACUUACAUUGUUGCCAUCGUGAUAAAUUUUAGUCAACCUGCGUGAAAUAUGUGUCUGUUUGGCAUGUGAGGGAAAGCAGCAUAAACCAGUAAAAUCUGCCAAUGGGUCACUUAGGGAGAAAGCAGCUUCAUUCACACUUAUCUUUUUCUGCAUUUCUUUUCCUUAUUGUAGUUUUCUUUUACUCCAAGGUAAAAGAAGAAGAGCUUAAAUUACUAAACUAUUUUCUUGAUAUUUAGAAGAAAAAAUCUGUGGUGCUUCCUUUUUAUACUUCAGCAGUGGCUUUUCUAUUGUCCAGGAGUUAGCAGUAAAAUUACCUUCACUUUACAUGUUCCUUGUACUACCCACAUUAAAGUUCUGAUGGCUGUUGUGUGAUGACCUGUGUUUGGACAGCAUGUGGUGGUCAGGAAAGUGGGGAAGCUGAUCUAAACCCCAAGGUUUUGGGUUGUGUUGGGGUUUUUUCCCCACAAAAAAAGGGAAUGCUUUUGCUGGCAAUAAGGAAAACUACUACAUGGAUAGGAGAAUUAUUAUUGAAAAGAGGAAAAAAGUCAUCACAAUGCUGUUUAUCACUAUGUUGAAGAAAGUUGCUUUUUAAUCUCAGAAGUACUUUGCUAGCUUUGGGUAGUAAGGGGAGUGAACUAGUCUAGGAAAUUGGUUAUAAUAAAGAAAGAAAAUACAAGGUUCUUAUUUAAAAAGUUUUAAAAAUAAAGUCUAAAUGCUUUGGUUAUAGACCUUAAUUAUUAUUGUUCUGUCUUGCUUGAAUCGUGUGGUCAUUUUUGUCUAUUGCCCUCUCUGUCCUUGGUUAGCAUGAGGGUAAAACCUGAUUGUCUUUGAAAGGCCUAAUGCUGGAACUCACGGUCAGAAGGAGUUCACACAGUCACCAGGUGAGCAGUAACAUCCAUCCCUGUGCAGCAACAUGGCAGCAAUUCAUCCUAACAUGGAAAACCAUCAAUUUGUGUCAUCACCUUUACUCUAUUCUGAGCUCUUUGAUGCAUUCAGAAAUCAGGGCGUUUUGGGGUGUUCUGUAGAUUUGCUGUGGAAGAGAGAGCAGUUCUCUGCAUGCCAGCAUGAACACAGGGACCUCUGCUGAAGCUUUACCAGUGAAGAAACAACUGUAAGAAGAUCUGUAUCCUAUUUUUGUAGUUUAUAGAUCUAUGUUAUACUGACAGUUUCUGCUGACUUGGAGAAAUAAAUAAUGUCCAAAAUGAUCUUUA